AUGUUAGAAAACUCAGGAAUUAUAACCGACUCUUUAUCAGAUUUAAAUAUAAACAAACAAAUUGCCGAUUUACAAUUGGAAGAACUUCUUCAAGGAAUAGAAAACCAAUGUACCAAUCAAUCUACCAGCGAAAUAAUGAAAUCAAUUAAGCAAAAUGCGCCUACCUUAUUUGCUAAAUUAAUAGAUUCAGAUAGCUCUAUUGCUCGUAAAAACAUGACUGUGUCCCCUAAACUCGAUCUCUUGUGUCUUCUUUUUCUUCUUUCCUUUG